AUGUCACUCUGUUCGGAUAGCCUUCUAAUUGAUCGAUCACCACCUAGCCCUGAUUGGUUGGCUUCAGCGUUGUUCGAGCGUGUCGAUCUUAGGCCUGUUAUCUAUAACCAAGCUGGAAAUACAGCUUCUGAUUUCAUAAUGCACUAUCGUGAGCAAGGGUCUAGGCGAGAAAUUACAGGUAGACCUUGCCUAUUUGCUUCCAAAAACAACAAAAUGGUGAUGAUGGAGGCAUGA